ACAACCACAACAUCCGAAAGAAGGGAGACGUGAACAGAGCUUAGAACCCCGGCAGGUUCAAACUGCUUUUUAGACGAGCCAGGUUGCAAUCAAAAGACAACAAGAAAGCUGACGUUGACAAAAAGAUCGACAGAGUCCUGGGAAAAGUUCACAUGCAUAAUGGAUUUCUCCAAGUUUUCUGAUGACAACUUUGAUGUUAAAGACUGGGUGAAUGCUGCAUUCAGAGCACAGCGAGACUCUCCAGGAAACAAGGAUACUCAUGCUGCAACAUUAGUGAUGAAGCUUCAGCUUUUCAUUCAGGAGGUGAAUAACUCACUAGAGGAGAUCAGUCAGCAGGCUCUCACCAACCUGCCCAGGGUGAUCAGGGAGACAGAAGCAGUGAGACAAGAGGCCAUAUUUCUCAAGGAGCAGAUGAUGAUGGUCAAGGAGGAUAUAAGAAAGGUUGAGGAGAACACAGCUCAUUCUAUGAAGGUUCUAGUGGAACUGGAUGCUAUCAAGUCCAGGAUACAGUCCAUGUCAGUAGCACUCCAGGAAGCAGACAACUGGACCAAACUGUCUGCAGAUGUGGAGGAGGUGUUCCAGUCUCAAGAUGUACAUGCUAUAUCAUCUCAACUUGUCAAGAUGCAGAAAAGCUUGAAAAUGCUGUCAGACACAGCUGACUAUGAAGAUCGCUGCGCCCAUCUGGAGGGUCUGAAGAACAGACUGGAGGCUGUGGUCAGUCCACAACUGGUCGCUGCCUUCAACUCUCACAACCUGGAGUCUGCCCAGAUGUAUGUGAGGAUAUUUUCUGACAUUGAAAGGCUGCCAAACCUGCAGAGCUACUACUUCAAAUGUCACAAGGCAACUCUGCUCCAGUCCUGGCAGGAUAUAGUGAACAUUGAUCCUAACCAGAGUCUACAGGACACCCUGCCUAAACUGUACGACCAACUCCUAUCCACAUGGCAAACUGAGGUGCAAUGGUGUAACCAGGUGUUCAGUGAAGCUGUGAAUGUGACAGCGACUCUAGUGAUCCAGGUGCUGUACUCCCUGGAGCCGUCCAUCCCGUACUGUAUCCAGGCUGCCCUGGAGGACACACCCAGUCAGCUCAACACACUCAUCAGUCUACGGCAGAUCACAAUGAGGUUUGCUAAAAGCAUUGAAGCAUCACUGGAGAAGACAUCAGGCACCUACAAUGAAGAUGUGAUCACCCAGCUGGUGAGGACCAUCCACAGUCCGUACCUGCCGUACCUGCUGCAGUACAGUACUCUACAGGAACAGCACCUUAAGGACCAGCUCAGGACAGUCCAUCUGGAGACAGAACAGCAGGAGGUGAUAGACUGUGUGCGACUGAUGGGCCAGUCUGUCAGUAAACUCUACAGUAUUGCAAACUCAGCUGUGGAACAGUGUAUGUCCUUCACUGCAGGCUGUGGAGUGUGUGGACUGCAGAAGGCUCUGACUGCAUAUUUUACUGUAUACACCUCUGAGUUCAUCCGGGUACUGCAGGCCUUACGAGUGAAGUGCAAUAUUGAUGAGGUUAAAGUGUCUUCAGGAGAGAUAAAAGAGGACUGGACUCUCUUCCAACAUGCACUCAGGAUCCUGCAAACCUGUGGUGACCUGCUCCUCCAUCAGAGAGACUUCCAGGACCAGCUGUGUGUGGCUGUGCUGGAGCACACUGAUACCCUGCAGGACUGCAGUACACAGGAGAAGUCCAGUCCUUUUCAGCACUACAACUACCUGAGUGUGGAGAGCCCAACAGAGUAUGAUCUACUGAUGGGAACUGUCACAGGACUGAAGGAAGGGCUGGUGGAAGAUCUGCUGUGUGAUGUAACAGAGGCUGUACAGAAGCUGAAUGAGCAUGCUCACAAGUUUGCCUUCGACAUUGUGUUCUCCCAGCUCCAGCAGCAGCUAGCUAAUGUACAUUCCAUGGAGAUUUGGGGUUCGGAUGCUGCAGGAGGGGAGGUCUUACCUAGUUUCAGUCUGUCUCCAAUGGAGUACAUCACCAAGAUAGGACAGUACCUGAUGACCCUCCCCCAACAACUGGAGCCAUUUCACCACCAGGACAACCCUGCCCUGGAGGCUGCACUGCAUGCUGGGAAACUGCCAUUCCAGGACAAGAAUGAGACCCAUGAGGUGGACCAUGUUGCUGACUUCUGGCUGGGGUCCAUAGCGAGGGGAACCAUGCUCACAUACUUGGAGGCCAUUUUAAAGAUCCCCAAAAUGACUGACUAUGGUCGUAAGCAGCUGGCUGCAGACAUUGACUAUGUCUGCAAUGUUCUGGAUGCCCUGGGAGUCCCAGCCAACAAGGAUCUGAAGGGUGUGGCAGCAUUGCUACAAGCUUCACCCACAGAGUUUGAUGAGGUGUCCAAGGAUUGCCCACCAAAAGUCGUCAACAUUGUUAGAGGCAUGAGAAUGAUAUAAUGCUGCCCCUUUUGUUGUUUGUCCUUAAUGAGGAAUGUGCAACAUGGACGCAAAACCAACAUUCCCUGUUAGACUGUCCCUAUUAGACUGACAUAUUUAUGUAAAAAGUGUUUUCUUGGUAUACCAUAUGUAUUGGGGACUUUGGUUAGGAGAGACAUGCCAUCAUUAUAUUGUGGCACCAUCUUCAGUUCAUAUACAGGGUGUCGGCAGAUACAUAAGUUGUAUAUGAUGUACAUUUCAAUUAUAUUAUAAUUAAAAGAUGUACAUAUACCAUAAUGUUACGUAAUGAUUGAGUGUUGUCUUUUAGAAUAGUCAUACCAUCUGUUUAUAUCAGGAAAUUCUUGGGAUAUUCAUCUGGUAAAAACAUAUCCAAAGUCUGAGUUGAAGAAGUAGAGAACAAUUAUUUCCUUCAUUAAGUCCUUUCAAAAUACUUUAUUUUACAAUUCAGCAAACAAUUAUUUUAACCUCCUAAUAUACAGAUGUGUACACUAUAUACACCUAUAUAUGAACUUCCAUUUCUAAGGCAUAAUGUGGACAAUAAGUGCUACAAAGUCUCCUUCAAACAUAGAUCACAAAUUUUGCCCAAUUUUAGAUUGUCCCAAUAUUUUCUGUGCAACCGCAUUAAGUAGACUUUUCCACAUUUGGGAUGACAUAUGAAUAUGUCCUGCCUAAAGUUAGCUUAUCAGAG